AUGGAAGCAUAUAGUAAAUUCGAUUUUGAUGGUAACGAAAACUUUUAACAAUAUUUACUAAAUGUAUAUCCGCUGCCUCCAAAUCUAGAUAAAAUAAAACGCAAAUGGUAUAAAAAAUAUAUCGACCCAGAGUUUGAUAUCAAUGCAGAAUCUCAAAAUCCUAAUUCAAACACUUAAUCACAAACGUAAGAGAAUCAAAAACCUCAAAAAUAAGAAAGUUAUUAGUAAUCAUAGGAAUCAUAAUAAUAAUAGUAAUAAUAGCAACAAUAGUAAUAAUAGCAAUAAUAGAAAUAAUAGCAAUAAUAGCAAUAAUAGCAAUAAUAACAAUAAUAACAAUAAUAACAAUAAUAACAAUAAUAACAAUAAUAAAAUAAUUAUAGAUAAUAAUUACCAUCAAUCCCAAUUUUAACAGUAAUAGAAGGAAUACUUAAAGUGGUUUAUUUUCCAGCAUUAUUGCUUUUGAUUUACCCUUAAUUGCACAAGUUUUUGAAUUUUGGAUCCAUUCUUAUUUGCUUGCUUGCUAUUUAUCGAUUAUAAGGAUUACCUAAAAAUAAUUACAAAGAAUAUAUUUUCAAAAUAAUGUAGCUUGAAUUCACCUCUAAUAUUUUCUUUAUUGUUUCAUUAUUUACAAUUGAUAGUUUUGCAUUUUAAAUGCCUAUUGCUUUACAUUUUUUGGUCGGAGCUGCAGAGUUUUGGACAUAAAUUAAUCGGGAAUAAGGAAUGUCAUUGAAGAUGGCAUAAUAUAUUCAAUCUCAUAGAAGCGAGAUAAUCCUUACAAAAUAAAAAGUUGAAAUUUACUUAUUCUUAUAUUGCUUAUUUGGAAUAUUCUUAAGAAAAACAUCCUUUUUUCAAGCUCUUGUGAUUUUCUAAAAUAUAUUACUCAAAACUAAAUUUAAUAAAAAUAUGAGAAAUGCUUAAGCAUAUAUCAGAGUAUGGUAUGCUGACAAAUUAAGUGAAAAUAGAUCAAUACCUGAAGGUUUACGUAAAAUUCUUAGUUUAAUUUGGAAAGGAUAUGAAAAGUUAUUAAACCUUUUCUGA